UAUGGUUAAAGCUGAGCUCCUUGAGCUUUUUAUUGAAGUAUCGGGAUACCACAAAGGCGCUCGCUACAAACCGUGAACAGCUUAAGCCUACUUUGAAGCCACCACCGCCGUCGCCGUGGCCCGUGGUUGUGGUUCACCAUUUUGAAGCAAUCGUCGUUGUUUUUCACCGACCCAAGAAGUGAUGGCUGCAGCUGUAGCUUCCAACUUGCCCAACAAACAAGCCCAAUGGGAUUUCAGCUGUGACUUGGAAGUAGAUUUUGAGUCCGAGGAGAAUGCUGCCAUUGUCCAUGCAGCCCUAGCAGUCGAUAAGGAGUUGCAGCCAGACAAAGUAAAAAGACACAUGUCAAUCUCUGGUGGGAAGUUAUCAGUGCACUUUGAGGCAGUGGAGGCGAGAUUUCUUCGAGCAUCAUUUUCUGCUUUCACGGACAUCCUUACGCUUGCAACUAAAACAGUUGAAGAAUUUGGGAAGGAAUGAAAUUGUAAUAUACAAUUAUUAUCAACAAAUUAGUUGUACUGUUAUGUAAUUGUAAUUGAUACCUGCCUUUCACUGAUUUCUUAAAAUAUUAAUAUGCAGUUUUUUCAGUUCAAAAAAAAAGUAUAUAUGCAUUCCACUCUGAUGGGACUUUUGUUUA